AUGGCAGAUUCUGCAAUUCCGCUGCUGAAUGGACUGGCCAAGCAGGCUGGGUUAGUGGACAGGGCCAAGAGGGCUAUCAGCCACUCUCACAGCUACUUCCGGGAUGCCCAGCAUCCGGACGGCUACUGGUGGGGCGAGUUUGGAAUCGAACCCCACGAUGGAGGCCGAGUACCUGAUGCUAAGUCACUUCCUAGGACCUGGCCGGCCACACCUCAGAUUUCGGCUCAACUGACCAGUGCUAGGGAGUUCAUUCUCAGCAGAGGCGGUGUUCCCAAGACGCGGGUUUUCACGAAGAUCUGGCUCGCGCUUUUUGGGCAGUGGGACUGGAGCGGGACGCCCAACCUCCCUCCGGAGUUAAUCCUGCUGCCGUCCUGGGCCCCAUUCAAUAUCUACGAGUUCUCCAGCUGGGCCAGGGCGACCAUCGUGCCUAUGAGUAUCAUACUCACCGAGCGGCCCUACUGCCCCGUACCGGAUGAUGCUGGCAUCGACGAACUGUAUCCCCACGGGCACUGGACUGGAUCUUGGAGCACCAAGAAGCAGACGGUGCCUGGGGAGGCAUUCAGCCGCCGUGGGUUUAUUCGCUUAUUGCCCCUGCACCAUGCGGGCGAGGAUGAGUUUUCCGAUGCUUUAAACAAGGGGUUCGACGGGUUCGAUUCCUUUGCCAUCGAGGACGAGGAGACCUGCACCGUGCAAGCUUGCGUGUCGCCGGUGUGGGACACGUGCCUGGCCCAGGUGGCGCUGCUGGAAUCGGGCCUGGCUCCGGACGAUCCAAUGGUACAGAGUUCAACCCGUUGGCUGGUGAACAACCAGAUCCUCGAAGAGGGCGACUGGUCGGUCCGUGCCAAGGGAAACGCCGCCAGGCGGUUGGGCUUUCGAGUUCCAUAA